AUUAUCAUACGGCCUCUAUUGUUCGACCAUAUGGGGCAGGGUUGGGAAACCAUACGGCCGGUUCAUUUGGUAAGGGGACAUUCCGGCGGCACUGUAGCUAAAGGUCCAGUAUGCCGGGCCAUUAAUAUUACAGCCCAUCUCUCUCCACCGACACACACACACACAAAAGAGAGAGAGAGAGAGAGAGAUGCAUCCAAGCACACGCGCACACACACGCGAUGUUCAACAUCAUAUACGUCAGAAAGGACCCCAUCUUAGACUAUAGGGUCGUAAUUUAUAUGGUUACACUUUCAGUGUCUGUUGGUUUUUCACCUGACUUUAAACGAAACGAGUCCGCCCCUCGCAAGGGAAAAAACAUUUUCUUUUCUUUUCUAUAAGUUUCAACUUAAUUUCUGCAGCUCGUGCAGUGGAGUAUGUCAACGAUAAUGUAGAUACAAUGUGUUGAUACACAACCUUUUUAUUGCAGUGCUCCUGAUUUUUAAGAGGUGAGGAUUAACUUGAAAUUUCAGUGAAUUCCAGUCUAGAUAUAUCUCAACCGAAAAUAGGCGUGAAUGUAACGUUAUUUAGACUUUGUUGUGAUGGUUAUAUGUUUUUUACACUCUGUUGUGAUGGUAACGUUAUUUAAACUUUCUUGAUUUUUGAUUUGCUGUGAAAAUGCCGUUAUUAAAACUCUCGUGGUAGUAUCGUGAAUUUUACUCUUGUAGAGGUAUCGCUUCAGCUAUUUACAAUCUAUUGUCAUAGUAACGUCUAUUGUGAUGCAAAUAUUAUUUACACCUAGAACGUUUUUCACUCUGCACUCUGUUUGGUGUCAUUUGAUCACACUGUUUGUGCCCUUGACAAGCUCCCAGUUGGAUAGAAUGUAAAUUUCGCUCUGCGGACACGGACAACAAGGGAUACCUGACCUUUGAUGAAGUAUUGGAUAAACUGGCACGUAUGCACAUUCCUAUUGACCGAGAACGUGCUAAGAAGUUCAUCAAGCGUAUUCGAGGAGACAAAGACAGUAAAAGUGAAAAAGACAGCAAAACGUCCAAAGACCCCGAGGCAAUCAGUAUUACACACUUUAUCCCUUUGUACUUCUUGGCCAUAAAAAGGGUCGAUCUGGACUGCAUAUUUGAGAAGUACGCAGAAGGCACAGACGUCAUGGACCUUUACGACCUCGCCGACUUCUGGCGCAGACAACAACAUAACGCAGACGCUACUCGUGAAGAUAUUCAACGACUUCUUCAAGCCCACGAACCAAUUAAAUCUGCCUUUCAGCUUGGUCUUAUGACGAAACAAGGAUUUUUAUCUCUCCUCCUGGAUCAACACAUAUUUAAUCCUGAUCACAGGCGUGUAUACCAAGACAUGGAGCAGCCCCUCGCACACUACUACAUUGCUACGUCACAUAACACUUACCUGACAGAGGACCAGAUUCGCGGUCCCAGUAGUGUGGACGCUUACGCCAGGGUGCUUCUCAAAGGAUGUCGAUGUGUGGAGUUGGACUGCUGGGACGGUCCGAAUAACGAACCCAUUAUUUACCAUGGACGCACGUUGACAUCGAAAAUCUUAUUCAAAGAUGUCGUGAAAACAAUCAAUGAUAAUGCAUUCCAAAAAUCAAGUUACCCUGUUAUCCUGUCCAUCGAGAACCAUUGUUCUCUGGUUCAACAGAAGAUCAUGGCCCAAUACUUCAAAGACAUAUUUGGUGCCAAAAUAUGCACCGACGCCGUCUCUCAGACACUGGAGAAGCUUCCGUCACCCGAGAGUCUGAAAGGAAAAAUACUAAUCAAGAAUAAGAAACUUCCCAGUGACGUGGAGGGUGACGCUGACGUCGUAGUGGACGAAGAGGAACUGGAAGAGGACCUCAGCGUCGAAGACUUGGAAAACGGCAACUCCAAGACUCUAGAGAACGGAGACUCGGACGCACCACCCCCGUCCCCAACCCCCACGACCCCUCCUCAUCUCACCCGCGAUCUCUCCCUCGACAGCAGUAUUGAGCGCUUGGAGGCAAUGGACAGUAUAAAUUUAAACACAACCGGAAGCACAAAAAGCAUCGAGUACAUUCAGCAGCAGGAGGCCACGAGCCAGAAGAGAAAAGAGAGUAGCGGAAAGGUGUCGUCCCUGAGGAACACGCUGCUGAGAAGAACGGGGACGAGCGGGACCAAGGGCUCCAAAGAUUCCAGUUCUAAAAGACAGAAGGUCAAGAUAAAACUGGCCAAGGAACUGUCGGACCUCGUGUCUUACUGCCAGGCUGGUGGGUUCCGGAGCUUUCAACAUUCCAUGAUGCAUC